UGUUGUUCAUUCACAGUCUGCUUUCGUGUUGUUCGUGGAGCAAGCUCCAAAGGCGAUAGGCAGACUGUGAGUUGCGCAGAAGGAGAAGGUAGGUGGCAUGAGUGUGUCAUGCAUUAGGGCAAUGUGGUUACGCUUGGAUAUUAAACCUCUACCACAUUGUUGGUAUUGAGUGCCCCAUCUCGUGCGUUCUCUUUUCAUCCUCUCCCUCGUGUCUGCUGCAACAGGCCUGUCGAGUUCUGUGGGUGUGUUUGUCAAUCUGGCUGCGUACGGACGGUAUAAGCUGAGGGGAAGAAGAAUCGUGCUGCCAUUCUCAAGAGCUAUGGGAGCUGCACGUCUUCUUCUCCCAGCGUCUCUCUUGCUUCUGCUGGCCGCGGUUUCUCCCGUGCGGGGAGCUGCUGCUUCUUCCAGCUAUGGUGGCGACAAAGUGGGUCUGCCCCUGCUGGUGGCCUUCGCCGACACUCCGGGGCUGCGCAACACGACAGAAGCCUUCGCUGAGACUGUGGCCAAGGCGUCCGCUGGCAAGCUGUUCGUGUCCAACAUCACGUACGGCGUCAGCCCUGCCAAUGUGCUUGCAGCUGCCAGAGAUGGGCGAGCUUUCGGGCUUGCGUUACAUGGGAUGUUUGCCCCAGACAAGAACGGGGUGGACAUCAAGACGGCACAGUACCUAGACAACAACCUGCCUUUCACGCUCUCGGUGACACAGUUCGCUUCCCUUCUUCGUCACACACCUUUCGGCCGCUUCUGGCGACAAGUGUACGAGCCGCUAGGCAUCCGAGCGAUGUACGUGGGGACCCUGGUGGGACCACAAGUGGGCGACUGGUACAAGAAGCCCAUAGCCAAGCUGAGCGACCUUCGGGGGCUAAGGAUGAGGUACACGGGGGGCCCGUUAAACACCCUGCAAGCGGAGAUCUUGAAGGAAGUGGGCGCCGAGCCUGUCUUCGUGCCUUUGCCUCAGGCCAAGCAGGCCCUUGCUAACGGUACUCUCGACGCAUUGGAGCUGCUGGGAGUGCGAGUCGAUCUUUCUGCUAAGAUAUGGGAAGCAGGGGGUAGAUACCUGUACUACCCUGGCUUGCAGGGGCCUGAAGCGGCGCACGUCCUGAUUCCAGCCAAGAUCGCAGACACACCGGAGCUGGAAAUCGCACUUCAACGCGCUUGUGACGAAGCUAUCUCCGUCAACUACGCCGACUACUUCGGUCCAGCGGCUCAGGCCGCUGUGAAGGAGACGCGCAAGAACGGCGUCAGGGUCGGGCGCUACCCUCAAGAGGUCAUUAGAGGUCUGUUCGCCGCGUACAGGAAGGUGAUGGCUAGACAUCGUGAGGAGCAGGUGCGCAGAGGCAAUCGCCUGGGAGUAGAGGUGUUGGACGAAUACGACGCGUACGUUCGAUCCGUGUCGGACUUCGACAUCAUGGCCGCGCCGGAGGCGCAGAUUCUGCCUGCAAGGGACCAUGUCGCACGAUACGUAGGAGUGCAGGUUCCUGUCGCACAGCGCAGCUCUGUGUGCAAGAGACGCUAAUUGCAGCGCACGGAAGUCGUUAGGAGUACUACCGUCUUACGUAGGAGUGCAGCUUCAUGUCGCACAGCGCAGCUCUCUGUGCAAGAGCCGCACACUCUCUGUGGAAGAGCCGCACAUUUUCGCGCACGGAAGUCGUGAGGAGUUCUACCGUCUUACGUAGGAGUGCAGGUUCAUGUCGCACAACUCAGCUCUCUGUGCAAGAGACGCUAUUGUCGCGCACGGAAGUCGUUAGGAGUACUACCGUCUGCCCACGAACACAACGCACCCUGAUUAUGCGUGUACUGAACCGGCAGGAUAGGUUGUAUACAUUCUCCUUUUCAGGAUGCAUUAUGUUCGGCGGAAGACGGUGUAGAUUGAUAGAUUGUUAGAGAGAGAGAGAGAGAGAGAGAGAGAGAGAGAGAGAGAGGGAAGGGAAGAGGGUAUUUCCCUGAGCGACGGAGGAGUGCAGGUUCUUGUGGCACAGAGCCGCUUCGUGUGCGAAAGCCCAGCAAUUUUUUUUAUUAUUAUUAAUUUUUUUCAGCAGUUGUAGCGUGCGUGGGAGGGAAUGGUGUGGACGAGACGGCUGAUGUUUUCCUUGAGCAAUUCUGUAUUUACUAUUUAAUUCAUGAUAAGUUCAUUUAACUCGU